AUGGCAUCUAAUCGUCCUCUAUUACCAAUUUAUUCUCAUCUGAUAACGCCAGCUCGUCGUACAAAUACAUUUCAAGGUAACCAACGACCAUCAAAUGUAAUUAAAUUAGCAUCAUCAACAAUAUCAUUAAAUGAUGGUGAAACACCAUUAAAUAAAACACAUGUAUUUUCUCCAAUUGUUAAUUCACAAUCACCAUCAUCAUCAAAUGAUCAUCUAUUAAAAUAUGAUAUUCGAAGAUUACGUGCUAGUCUUGAACGUAAAGAAGAACAAAUAAGUUGGUGGAUGGAAAAAUCAAAAAAUGACAAUGACAAAUUCGAAGCUUUAAAAUCUAGAUUAGAACAAACAAAUCGUCAAAAUGAUUUAAUAUUACAAUGUGUUCGAUCGACACUUGAUGGUUUAACAUGUAUAAAUCGAUCAAUAAAUGUUAUAUUUAUGCAAGAAGAUAAAGAAAAUAAAUUGUAUGAUAAUGAACAAGAUCAAUUAAAUGAAGAAAAUUUUGAUGAAAAUAUUUCUCUUGUACUUUUAUCACGUUUAAAUGAUAUUUGUAUAAAAUUAGCAAAAAAUAUUGAUUUACUAAUUCGUACAUCAGUUUCUUCUGGUGUAUCAUCAAUAAAACAUUCUCAUCCUGUUCAACGACAUGAAUCAAAUGCUUCAUCUAUAUCAAAACAAUCUACUGAUGAUGUUCAUGAUACAACUAAUAUUGUUUAUGAAGAAAUUAUUGAUAAACUUAAUAAUGAUCUUGAUGCAAUGAAAAUUCGUCUUGCGGAACAAGAACUUCGAACAAAAAAUUUUGAAGAAGAAUUAAAUCAAUGUAAAUCAGCGCAUUUAUCUGCAAAAAUAACAUUUGAUACACAAGAAAAAAAACUUCAAGAACAAUUAAUACUUAAGGAUAAACAAAUUAUAUCAAUUGCAACAAAUGAACAUGAUGUUCUACGACAAUUAUUAGAUGAAAAAACCACCGCAUUCGAACAUUUAAAUGAGGAAUAUGAAUUACUUAUGACAAAAUAUCAAAGUGAAUAUAAUCGAAAUGUUGAUUGUAUGAUAAAAACUGAUGCAUUACAUGAACAUAUUCGUUUAUUAAGUGAAACAUUAGCUGCUAAAGAAAUCAAUGAAGAAAAAUUAACAACACAACAACAGCAAAUGAAAAAACUUAUGACAUUACUUAUUCCAAUAACACCAUCUUCAGCAAUAAAUAAAAAACAAAAUGAUAAACAAACGUUUGGACGUAAAGUUAAACGACAUCUUCGAGAGUCAUUUUCAUCACUUGUUAAUCAUAAACAAACGUCAAAUAAUCAAUAA